ACAAACUUUGAUGCUCCUGAGGGCAAUGAUCCUAUCGGAAUAGACUUCACUGGAAUGGGGAAGGGUGAGGCAUGGGUGAACGGACAGAGCAUUGGGCGCUAUUGGCCAACAUAUAUCUCUUCACCGAAUGGCUGUACCACAUCAUGCAACUAUAAAGGGUCUUACAGUUCAGACAAAUGUCUCAAGAAUUGUGGAAAGCCAUCUCAGCAUAUGUAUCACGUUCCUCGUUCAUUUAUCCAACCAGACGGUAAUACUCUAGUUCUUUUUGAGGAGGUGGGUGGAGAUCCAACUAAAAUAUCAUUUGCUACAAGGCAGACUGGAAGCUUAUGUGCGCAUGUAUCAGAAUCACAUCCAUCACCCAUAGAUGACUGGAUCUCUUCACAACGGAAGGUAGGGAAAUUGGGACCAGUAGUCCACUUGGAAUGCCCAUAUGCCAAUCAGGUCAUAUCUUCGAUCAAGUUUGCGAGUUUUGGGACUCCACAUGGCUCAUGUGGAAGUUAUAACCAGGGCAAUUGCAGCAGUGAUAGUGCCCUUGCUGUUGUUCAGCAGGCUUGCAUCGGGGCCAAGAGUUGCAGUGUCGGAGUCUCGACAAAGA